AUGACUCUAGUAAACGCAUUAAUUGCUAAAACGGAACGGAAGCGGGAACAGAACCGUAUCGCACAGCAGCUCUACCGCCGCAACCAAAAGCGAAAGCUGUUAGAGCUGGAGGCCGCAGUGGCCGCCCAGUCCGCCAUCACUUGCUCUGUCAUUCAUAUUCCAGAGGAUAAGACCGUGCCAGUCAUGUCGCAGGAACAGGAUGAAGCUGUCCAGCUCGAACUCGACACCCCCGGGCUCUGCUGCGAUGAUCGGAUCCAGUGGUCUGGAGAGGUGGUAGUAGACAAUAUAGACUGCUCAGCGCCGCAGACUCUCCGAACACAUAACGCGCUCCACCGAGCUGUCAGCUUUGGCAGCCUCUCUAUGACCAAACUUCUCAUAGACCACGGAGCCUGUGUGUCCACUAUGGAUAGUCUCGGCAACACAGCCUUGCAUUUGGCAGCGGAACGUGGUUUGGAGGACAUUGUCAAACUCUUGCUAGACCAAGACAUGGAUCCGAAUGCAGUGAACUUGGCAGGCCAGACAGCUUUGUUCUCCGCCGUGAACGCCCAGAAUGAGAAUGUUGUGAGGAUGAUUAUAGAGGCUUCCGUCGAUGUUAAUGUCCGAGACUUCAAUGGGCUAGUUGCAUUAUAUAUGGCGGUGGAAAGAAACUCAGAACCAAUUGUAACUCUUUUACUUAAUAAUGGAGCUGAUAUUGAUGCUUAG